AUGAGCGUCUUACCAGAUGAGGUCAACGCAGUAUUGACACAUUUACUUGAAAAUUUGUUGUCAACAGACACCAACUCGCGAGUCAACGCGGAAAAGUCACUUGAUAUAGAAUGGUCAACCAAGCAGAAUGUUGAGCUUUUAUUGGUGUUCUUGGCAGAGCAAGCGACUUCGGGAGCAAAUGACACUGUUAAGGCAUUUUCAGCUGUCAUGUUUAGAAGGAUGGCCAUCAAGUCUCCUAAAGAGUUAUCUAGUGUUACCGACAGAACGAUAGGUGUUAUUGGGGAGCCGGCCAAACAGCAAAUUAGAACAAUUUUGAUGCAUGGGUUUUCGGCGCCACAAUCUAAUCAGGUUAGACACAAGUUGUCAGAUGCUAUAUCUGAGGUAUCAAAGGAUGACUGUUCACCUCCAGGAACCUGGAAUGAACUUGUUCCAGCAUUGUUUCAAGCAACGAAAAACCCAGAUCCCAGCUUUCGUGAAUCUGCAUUUAGAGUCUUUUCCGCCUCGCCUGAGUUGAUUGAUCAAUCUUUUAUCAAUGAUGUGUUACCAAUCUAUACCUCCGGCUUUGACGACGAGAGCGAUGAGGUACGUAUUGCAGCUUGCUCUGCCUUUGUUGCUUUCUUUAGAGAAUUACCAAAGAAUGUAUGGCCAAGCUUGUCUCCGUUGUUGCCAAACUUGCUUAAUUCCUUGCCACGAUUCUUGCAAAAUGGACAAGAUGAGGCUUUGGCAUCGGUUUUGGAAAAAUUGAUUGACUUGGUGGAGCUUGCUCCUAAAAUGUUCAAAGAUAUGUUUCCCACGAUCAUAGACUUUUGUGCAAUGGUGUCCAAGAACAAAGAUUUGGACUCCUCCACCCGAAUGGCAUCGUUGGAGCUUCUCACUACUUUUGCCGAAGUCUCGCCUGCCAUGUGCAAGCGCACUCCAACAUACACAGAGCAGAUAGUACUCAUUACUCUAUCGAUGUUGACCGAGGUUUGUAUCGACGACGAUGAUGCAGCUGAUUGGAACAAUAAGGAUGACACUGAUGAAGAUGACGAUGAGCCAGAAUACGACGCUGCCAGACAAUCAUUGGACCGGGUCAGUUUAAGACUCAAUGGACAGUCGAUGGCAGGACCUUUAUUUCAAUACCUACCUGCCAUGACACAAUCUCAAAAUUGGAGAGAACGCCAAGCUGCUUUGAUGGCUUUAUCUUCUGCCGCUGAAGGAUGCUCAGAUGUUUUGAUGAAUGAGAUCCCAAAAAUAUUGGACAUGGUUUUACCUACUUUGGACGACGGACAUGCAAGAGUUCAAUAUGCAUGUUGUAAUGCUUUGGGUCAAAUGUCUACAGAUUUCCAAGAUUUGAUCCAAAGAACAGCUGGAAACAGAAUCUUACCUGCUUUGAUUUCCAAAUUAACAAACAAAUCUGUUCCACGCGUGCAAGCCCAUGCCGCUGCCGCAUUGGUGAACUUUUCUGAGGCUGCCACCAAAGACAUUUUGGAACCAUAUUUGGACGACUUGUUGAACAACUUACUAGUUUUAUUGCAAUCUCCAAAGAGGUAUGUACAAGAACAAGUGUUGACUACCAUUGCCAUCAUUGCUGACGCUGCUGAACAGACAUUUGUCAAGUAUUAUGAUACGUUGAUGCCGUUACUAGUGAAUGUGUUGAAGACGGACAUGGGUGAUGAAAAUAGAUUACUCAAAGCCAAAUGUAUUGAAUGCUCCACUUUGAUUGCAUUAGCUGUUGGAAAAGAGAAAUUUGAACCUCAAAGUCACGACUUGAUCCAAUUAUUUGGUCAUAUUCAACAAACAGCAACUGCUGAUGAUGAUCCAGUGAAACAAUACUUGGAGCAAGCUUGGGGAAGAAUCUGCCGUAUUUUAGGCAAGGAAUUUUUGCCGUAUUUGCCAUCGGUGUUGCCACCAUUGAUGGUAACAGCAAAGGCUUCGCAAGAUAUUUCUUUGUUGGAAGAAGAUGAAGCCGACGAGUACAACAAUAACGACGAAUGGGAUGUUAUCAACCUAUCGGGAAAGUGGAUUGCAGUUCAUACCGCUGCCUUGGACGACAAAGUCACCGCAAUGGAUUUGUUGAGAACGUAUGCAAUUCAGCUUAAGGAAGAUUUUUUCCCAUGGGUGAAGGAAAUUGCUGAGGAUAUUGCAUUACCUGGGUUAGAUUUUUACUUGCACGAUGGGGUGCGUGGCUCAGCAGCUUUGACGUUGGCUUCCCUUUUGAAAUGCACCGUAGCAGCAACUGGAAAAGAUUCUCAAGAUACUUUACUACUUUGGUCAAAGAUUGCUGACAAAUUGGCCGAAGUUUUGAGUUCAGAACCAGUCACUGAGCUCUUAGUUGCUUACUAUACUGCAUUAGUGGAAUCUAUAAACAUUUUACCACAGAACGCCAUUUCACCAUCACAAUUGCAGGCAUUUGCCAAAGCUAUAAAUGCCAACAUGGUUGAGAUUUAUGAGAGGAUAAAAGCACGUGAUAACGAGGAUGAUGAGUACACUGAAGAUGUUGAGGAAGAUGAAGAUGAAUAUACUGAUGAGGAGUUGUUGGAUGAAAUAAACAAAGCAAUUUCAGCAAUUUUCAAAAACGUUAAAGCCAACGCUUUGGAGAAUUUUCAAGGACUUAUCCCAACUGUGGUUACAUUUAUCAAUGAUGAAAACACAAGUUUAAAACUUUGUGGGUUGUGCAUAGUGUGUGAUAUCUUGGAACAUGGCGGGCCACAAUCAAUUGUUUUCAAAGAGUCCUUCCUCAACGUAUUAGCCCACUCACUUUCGUCGCCACACGCCGGUGUUCGUCAAGCAAGUUCAUAUGCAGUUGGGGUAGCUGCUCAGUUUGGUGGUGAUGAUUACAGAGAAUUUUGUAUACACUGCUUGCAGCCUAUGUUUAAGAUGGCAUCGGUACCAGACGCCAAGGCUGAUGAGAAUAUACAUGCAACUGAAAAUGCGGUAUCAGCAAUGGCAAAAGUUUUGCACACUUUUUCAUCAUCGGUACCUAAUCUAGACGCGUUGUUGGAUCAGUGGAUUAACCUUUUACCUAUUGUUCAGGACGACAACGCAGCAGCCUUUGCUUAUGUAUUCCUAAGUGGAUUGAUUGAUAAUAAUCACCCCGUUGUUGCAAAGAAUCUUUCAAAAGUUGUGGAUUCGGUCGUACAAGGUUUGGCCCAUGCUUCCAUUGGUGGUAACACAGCAAACAGGGUUGUUGCUUCAACUAGAAACUUGUUAAGUUCAAUCCCUCAUGACAAAGCAAUUGCAUUACUUCAAGAAAACCCAUCUAAUAUUGACGUGGUUAAGAAAUAUUUUAGCUAA